AUGGCGUGGGAUCACCUUUCCAUCACGAAGCCGCACUUGGUGUACAUCAUCCUGGGCGGCUUCACCAGCCUGUUUAUGCUGUGUUCCUCGGUCAUCAAGGAGCGCCUCUACAUUGGCGAGGCUACCGUCGCAACAAUCUGUGGCAUAAUCUUUGGCCCGCAUGCCGCCAAUCUCAUAGAUCCAUCCACGUGGGGAAAUGUUGAUCUGAUCACUCUCGAGUUCUCGCGCAUCGUUCUGGUUGUACAAUGUUUCGCCGUCGGAGUCGAACUGCCGAGAGCAUACAUGGAGAAGCACUGGAAGUCCGUCACGCUCUUGCUGAUCCCCGUCAUGACGUUUGGCUGGCUAAUCACGAGUUUGUUCGUUUGGGGUCUCUUCCAUACUCACCUCAACUGGCUCGACAGUCUCUGCGUCGCCGCCUGCGUUACUGCCACCGAUCCUGUCCUGGCCUCGUCAGUCGUCGGAAAGGGUAAAUUCGCGAAGCGCGUCCCAAAACAUCUGCGAGAUUUGCUUUCAGCUGAAUCAGGCUGCAACGACGGCAUGGCCUUCCCCUUUGUUUACCUGGCCAUCUACCUUAUUCGCUACCGCCCAGACUCUAGCAAGGUUGCCUAUCACUGGAUUUGCUAUACUAUUCUCUACGAAUGUCUUUUUGGUGCUAUAUACGGAGUUGUCAUUGGCUAUCUCGCUCGUCGUGCUGUGCGUUACGCCCAUGAAAAAGACCUGAUCGACCGAGAGAGUUUCCUCGUGUAUUACUUCGUUCUGGCUCUCUGGUGUGCCGGGACGGGUAGUUUGCUCGGCUUGGACGACUUGCUUGUUGGAUUUGCCUGCGGUAUAGGCUUCUCCAACGAUGGUUGGUUUCUUGAAAAAACCGAGGAAUCGCAUGUUUCCAACGUUAUCGAUCUGCUGAUCAAUUUGGCUUUCUUCGUUUACUUCGGCACUAUCAUUCCCUGGGACUCCUUCAACUCCCCAGACAUUAUUGGACUCACGCCAUGGCGUCUUGUGGUCUUAGGUCUCUUGGUAAUUUUCUUCCGCCGCAUCCCCAUCAUGCUUGCGCUCAAGCCGGUCAUACCGGAUAUCAAGACGUGGCGUGAAGCGUUGUUUGCUGGACAUUUUGGUCCAAUCGGUGUCGGUGGCCUCUUCGUUGCCAUCCUUGCACGAGCUGAGAUGGAGACAGAGGAGACAACUCCCCUAGCUGUGCUCCCCGAGGAAGGGUUCGAACAUUUGAACAUCAUCGAGAUGAUUUGGCCGAUUACAUGCUUCCUCGUCAUCGUCAGUAUCGUGGUUCACGGAAGUUCGAUUGCCGUCUUCACACUUGGCAAACGCAUCAACACGCUAACGAUCUCUCUUUCAUAUACUCAAGCAAACGAGGAUGGACCAAAAUGGAUGGAUCGUCUUCCGCGCAUCCAGUCUCGGUCGCGGACUUCCAUGUCUGGCCGUGCACAGUCGAUAUCAUCCAUGGACGAGAAAGGGGAGUAUGGUAACGGUGAAGGUUUGCUGCCGGCUACGGGCGGUUUCCUGCGUCGUCAGAAAGAGGACGACGAUACCAGCCGCUCAAAUUCUGUUCGCCCGUCAAAUCGGCGGAAACGCUGGGAUGCUGGCAAAGGUCCAGGUGGACCGAUUUCUCAGUCAGCCAUCGCCCCCUCCAGGCGCGAGGAAGAAAAGGCCCAGGACAGUGAUGCGUUCGCAGACGGUAAUGCUGUAUCUAGCGAUAGCUCGUCAAACGGAAAGGAGAAGAUGAAGGAAGAGCCGGAAGAAGAGAUCUACCAAGAGGGUCACAAAACCGUUGUUGAAGAUGAAGAAGGCAAUGUUUUGGGUGUCAGGGAUUCGCAUGGAGAGCAUGGCGCGAAAAGACGGGACUCUGAUAACGCGUACGCACGAAGACUGAUGAAGGAGCAAGAUGUUCAGCAUGGUGUUUCGCAGAAGGAGCACGGCGGUAAAACUGAGGAGGCACCUGGCAAGGCAAUGGACGCGAUCGAACAUCCUCAGAAGACUUGGCGGAAGCGGAUGCAGAGCUUCACUGCUACCCACCAUCAUGAUCACGAUCAUGACGAAGGAGUGGCCGAACCUCCCAAAGCUCACAAGCCCGCGAAGAAGAGUGGACCAGCUCUUGCGUAUCAGUUUGGCAACACCAUCAUUGUCGAAGACGAAGAUGGAGAGGUCAUCAAGAAGUACGACAUUCCCCACGCACCAAAAGACCAGCGUCCCGGCACACAGCGUGGCCAAUCCAUGAUCGAAAGCUCGGGCCGUGCAAUCCAGAGCUUGAAGAGAAUGGGAACACACAUGGGAAUCCCCACUACCCAUGAAGAGGCUGGGCCUUCAGGUACAAAGAAGUCAAAGAAAGUCGUUAAUGAAGAGGAUGACGACCGUCUCCGCUUUACUGUUAACGUUGGCGGCCGUAGGAUGAGCAAGCUUGAGUUCAUCCAGCAGAUGUCACAACUGGAUCCGAAGGCUCGUGCUAAAUUCGUUCAGAACAGCGAUGCGCCCGAGGCCGUGAAACGUGAAGCAAACCAGGAAGCAAAAGACCACAAGGAUGCUGAGCGCCGACACGCAGCCUCAGAGGCGAAUGUUCCUCCGGUUGUUGGUGAGGAGGGCGAGGCGGAGAUUCAGAAGAUCGAAUCUCCUGCAGCCGAAAGGGAGGGACGGGCUCGUGGUCCUGAAGGGUUGACUCUAGUGGACAGCAACGAGGAAGACAUUCCCUUCCACUCGAUGCAUGAGGAUCUGGAAAACUACUUUCAGGAUAACAAGGAUGAGACUCCUGCACAGCGUCGACGUCGUCUUGCGACCCAACAAUCAGCAACAGCUGUGCAGCGGGCGGAUAACGAACGACGUGCGAUACCUCCAAGUUCUCCAAGUGAGGGGAAAGCACGAGGCGGAAUUGGCUUCGAAGGCGAGACACCAGCAGAACGCAAGCGUCGUCUCGGUGCACUCGGGGUAAUGGGAGAUGAGACUCCAGACUCCGAUUCUGAAGGCGAAGAGACUGGCGAUCCGCUCGAGACUGGCCGCGGUACCCACAACAGAGUAGCUGAGCAGAAGCAGACGCAGAUUCGUCAACCACCAAGGGCUCCGGGUAUCCGAUUUGCGGAUCAGCCUCGUAUACCCACCAAAGACGAGCGUGCCGCACAAGAUGCGGAAGAAAAAGUAAAGCAUGAAAGCGGAAAGAAGAGCGGCCUUGGGAGGCUGUUGGGGAGAAAAUGA